AUGUUACUAAACGCUUCAGGCACGUAUCCCUUCCGCCCGUCUUUUGAACCCCUUACUGACGCCCCCAGGCCACCCCUCGACGAAUCCGCUACUGCUGGCAAUCGAGGCCGCAAGAACCUACUACUGCUCAUAAACGCGUUGAAAGACCCUCAAAAAGAGCCCGAACGGAUACGUCCUCCCCUACAUACUCCUCCCAAGCCAGCGAUAGAGGAGGAUCUACAACAGGCGAAUGCGGAGAACACUGCGGAGAACAUUGCGGAGACAGUCAUCAGCAGCAGUGACACAACAGGCCUACUCUCCACGAUCUCACACCAAUCCACUCAGCCAGUGCAAGAGAAGUCAAUACAGCAGGCGAAUGCGGAGAACACUGCGGAGAACAUUGCGGAGAUAGUCAUCAGCAGCAGUGACACAACAGGCCUACUCUCCACGGUCUCACACCAAUCCACUCAGCCAGUGCAAGAGAAGUCAAUACAGCAGGCGAAUGCGGAGAACACUGCGGAGAACAUUGCGGAGACAGUCAUCAGCAGCAGUGACACAACAGGCCUACUCUCCACGGUCUCACACCAAUCCACUCAGCCAGUGCAAGAGAAGUCAAUACAGCAGGCGAAUGCGGAGAAUACUGCGGAGAAACCAAGCGGCAACAGGGCCCCCAGCACCAAGAACACGGCUCAGCUCUCCAAGAUCCCACGGAGAACACCACUGCAACUUAGCCUAUUAUCCCCACUGCAUUAA